CAAACGGAGAGAGAGAGAGAGAGAGAGAGAUCACUUUGGGAGAAGCAGAGUUUCUGUUUUCCUCUGAUACUUGUUUGUGUUCCUAUGCAUACGUAAUUACCGGUGAUAAGCGCUGUCUCGUGGACGUGCAGUCUCUGCGGAGUAAUAGCUCCUUAUAGCCUAUGGACGGACUCAUUGAGCGCUCAGCUCUGUCCACAGAGAGGAGAGAGUGGACGGGAAGCGGCUGCUAGAAUAGUGGAAGACAAGAUCAGGAAAGCACAGGAGCGGAGGCAGCCGAGGGGUUCCACUACACAUACUGGAAUGGAAUAAACCAAUGGGUAACCAACAGUUGUGGGCUUUUUGUUCAAAAACUGUUUCUUUUCAUUUUAUUUGGGCACUUAUGGAUAACUUUCUUCCAACCAUUUUUGUCGGAGUUUUCAAACAGAGCAGUGAAGCUACUUCAGAACGGGACCUGUACAGCAGUCUGCUCUGCUCUUUACACAGUACCUAUCUUGGAAUGUUGAUAUUUUAUGUCUAGUGCAGUCUUUGGAAGUAUGAAAUACGUAGGGAUAAAGCUGGUGUAAUUUUAUCCUUUCAGUCACAGCCAUCACUAAAAUGGCCAGUUUUGAGGCUUUGGCUCACAGCUCCCGCAUGUUGGUGUGGCCUGUCGGUUGUCUGUUUCUGUUAUUGGGCUGCUUAUCGGUGGCAUCCUCCUCCCACAGCCGCAGGUUAAUCUGCUGGCAGGCCAUCAUGAACUGUCAGACAGAGCCUGAGUGCCAUUACGCAUAUGGACAGUACAUGCAGGCGUGCGCUGCUGUUCUGAGAGGGGACAGGAAGAGGUGUCCCAGUCACUGCAUCUCCUCUCUGGUGCAGCUCAACCUGACGAAGAAUGGGCCUGCGCUUGAGGACUGCAGCUGUGCUUCGGACCCCAUCUGCCGGAACACCAAGCGGGCCAUCGAGCCGUGCCUUCCCAGGACUAGCAACAUGGGCUGCACCGAGGCCCGGAUGCAGUGUGAAAGAGACCAGCCAUGCAGCUCUGCCAUGCGAGACUAUUUAAUCUACUGCGGGAAGCUUUUCAGCGGGGCAACUUGCACGAAUGCUUGUCGGAAUGUGAUUGCAGACAUGCGCAAAAUACCCAAAGCGGAGUUGUUGGAUUCGUGCGUGUGCGACGGGACCGAGAGGACCAUCUGCGAGUAUGUCAAGAUUAGCAUGAAGAACCUGUGCUUGGAAGCUCCUGUGACGGUGGAGGACGGUAGCGGGUCAGAGGACUACGAGGAAGAUGAUGGGGACUUCCCGGUGUCAGAACCAGAGUUCGUGGGGAGGAGCGCCGGUUCAGGUGGCUCUGCUGUGGGAACCUGUGGUGUUGUGACAACGGUGACUGCAUCUGUCCUGAUUCUGCUAGUGCCUCUUCUUUAAACUCUCCUCAUAGUAAAACAUAUAUAUAUAUAUAUAUAUUUUUUCAGACUGUUGGACAGAUAAACACAUUGACGGCCUUACAAACUCAGACAGUUGUUCAGACAAAGUUGAAACUCUUCAGACAAAGUUGAAACUCUUGCCUUUCUAAACAGACGCCAGUCAGUCUGGCCCAAUGCUAUUGAAGGAAGAAGCUACUACUCCGAUCUAGCCUUUCCAAACAGACGCCAGUCAGUCUGGCCCAAUGCUAUUGAAGGAAGAAGCUACUACUCCGAUCUAGCCUUUCCAAACAGACGCCAGUCAGUCUGGCCCAAUGCUAUUGAAGGAAGAAGCUACUACUCCGAAAGAACAGCAAAUGUAAUAUUUGUUACAUAACCAAACUUGCUUUUUUAAAGUAUUACUUUUUUCUGUACUGAAAGAUAUCGAAUCCAGUUGGUAUUUUCUAUGCAAAAUAUUAUAUUCAAUAACAUUAUGGAACCUUGUUGUAUCACUGGCCUGAAGAAAAAUGUCCUUUAUUUUAAAAAAACAAUCAGAAAUGGAGACAUGGACAUCAGGCCUGCUGUAGUCCAUGUAUAUACUACAUGUCACAUCAGGCCUGCUGUAGUCCAUUUAUAUACUACAUGUCACAUCAGGCCUGCUGUAGUCCAUUUAUAUACUACAUGUCACAUCAGGCCUGCUGUAGUCCAUGUAUAUACUACAUGUCACAUCAGGCCUGCUGUAGUCCAUUUAUAUACUACAUGUCACAUCAGGCCUGCUGUAGUCCAUGUAUAUACUACAUGUCACAUCAGGCCUGAUAGAGUCCAUUUAUAUACUACAUAUCAACAGAUGCUUUUCUAUUUUGUUACACAGAGAUUAAACAAUGCAAGGUUUUUAUAAAAAACAGUUCACUGCCUAUAUUUUAAUAUUGUAUACAUAAUAUCAUUGAUAUUGGGUGACUGAUGGCCAUCUCUAUGUAUUUAAUGAAACUAUAUGUUGGACUUGUACAUAUUGUAUAUUGGUAAAUAAAUGCAUUUUUUUAAAGUCAUUUAUUAAUUUAAUCCUAUAUUCCCCUGGGGACAGACGUCAAUUCAACAUCUAUUCCACGUUGGUUCAAUGAUGUUGAAACAAUGUUGAUUCAACCAGUGUGAGUCUAGUGGGAUAGGUCAAUGUCACAUCCAAACGUUCAAUAUAAAUGUUGAAUAAAUAUGAUUCCUGUCAAAAACAUAAGGAAAAACGUUCAGGAUUUAAAGGAAGUGCUGUGUUGUUUUGUCUCUUUAAGACACCUGAAUAGUGUAUUAAAGCCUAU